AUGCGCCAAAGGUCACGGAGUGGCUUCGCCUCGGUAGAGACGCUGGACAGUAUUGAGGAGAGUCGCACUGCCAGACUUGGUGGGAACCGCGACCAGUACAGGGUUCUGUCAUGUAAGACUAGAGCUCUCCUGAGGAGAGACAAGGAGAGGUACGUCAGGGGUCUCGCUGAGGAUGUAUAUUGUCACUUAUAUGCUAAUGACCUCCGACCUGCCUAUCGAGCCCUGAAGAAACUCCGCUCUAUGUCUACAUCUCAGGCGAGCGUUAUCCGAACAGCAGUUGGUCGUCUCGUAUCGGACGCAGAUGGGCAGAUGGCUCGUUGGGCUGAGUAUUUUGAGGAGCUGUUCAUGGUGGAUCCUCCAAGCGGACAACUCCGAACUGCAGGGUUACAGAUGCUAGAUCCUGAUCUACUCAUUGACGAAACUACACCCUACAUUAAUGAUGUCAAAGAGGCUGUGGCAAAGUUGAGGGAUGGAAAGACAUAUUAUGGCAUCUGUAACAUCAGUGCGGAGCUGCUCAAAGCAUGGGGUGAGGCCAUGAUCCGUUGGUUGCAUGCUGUCAUGACUGUUGUAUGGCAUUCAGGUACCAUUCCCUCUUGA